CAGCUAUGGUAUUGUUUUGUUUAUUUUCUUUUUGGAUGCUGAUGCAGUAUGUGGCUUUAAGAAGGUAGCUUAUAAGUGAUGAGGCUCACAUUGUCAAAAUGACAUCACCCACUGGCUCUUCUUGGUUAGAAACGUCUGGGUUGUACAAUUCAGCUUGAAUUGCAAAGCUUAAAGACAGAACAAGGAGGGAUAUUGUUUUAGUUUGACCUCAGAACGGAGUAUAGUUUUAUGAACAGAAACUCCAAUGGUUUCUCGGUCUAUCUCGGACGAACAGGCAGGUUUACAAAUGUAAUUGUAGCCUACGUCAUAGAAGUAAACGUUUUUUUAUUAUUAUUGUACUGUAUUUAUUUUAUGGACGCUUAUGCGAGGAUAAGGGGAGAAGAUAUCUUGUAAAUAUAACUGCUGUCGUCGGUAUAUAGAUUUAAUAUCAAACAAAACAGAAUCAAUUGAUGCAGGCUUUACAGUCUGACAUUUGGAAUAAACGAGUGAGCUGGUCGGUUUGUAAACAAGCUGUCUGUUAAAAAUACCCUUAACUCCUUAAGAAACAUAGUGCUUUUCCUACAAGCAGCGUUGACGUUUCUAAAAAUCAAAAACAAAAAAAUAAGAAUAUAUAUAUAUGUAUAUAUUUCAGACACAGUAAGACAAUAUAUGAACGGCGUGGAAUUAUGUGAAAUCGUCAAGAUUUGGUGCCGAUCGUUCAAACUGAUAUAUGGGUUAUUUAUUUAAACAGCCCGUAUAUGUGUGGAUUUUUCAAUUCCAUCUGCCUGCUGACUCAGAAGAAGACACUGAAUGGAUUUUAAACGCGAGUGAGAUACGCAUCUUUCCUUAGGGGCCGAACUCUAAAUAAACGCUUGCACAUAGCUAGCUGCAAUACACCUCUUUGCUCUAUAUACAGCUCCCGGGACCCACCGAUCAAACACGGGUUUGAUUAACACAUCCUGUUUUAAUUCACCAAUGUAUUUAUUUCCCGAAUGAUGAUAUUAUCAGUCCCGAGGUUGUGAUGCACUGAAUAAUUCAAUGCGAGUGCACGCAGAGGAGCUGUCUGUUCUGAGGUGGUGCUGAUGCGGCUUGACCAUGGCUGCAGGAAAGUUGCUCCUCUACGCUGGCCUUUCUCUCGCCCUCUGCGCCUUGGGAAUGCUCGCAGUGGCUAUGUGCUCCGAUCACUGGUACGAAACAGACGCCAAGAGAUACAGGGAAAGAUGCAAGAGCUUCAGCAACAGGAGGAACGACCCGGGCUUUAUAUACAUCCCCAACAACAGCCUUCCACUGAGGGCUAGCAGAUCGAGACUGGACCGCUGGGAAGAGAAGUUGCUAUUGGCGAGAAAUCGGAGGCAGCUUUUUGCCAUGAGCGCUGCAGACGAGUGCAAGAGGCAAUAUAACUCCACCAGCAUGGGGCUGUGGACCAAAUGCCAUCGACUAGGGUUCGACCAGGAUAUGGAGGAACUCGUCGCCAAAGGUUCCAUCGAGAGAUGCUCUUACAUGAAGUACCACUACUCUUCUGCCACAAUCCCCAAAAACCUCUCCUACAACAUCACCAAGACCAUUCGACAGGACGAGUGGCACUCUUUACACCUGCGCCGGAUGACGGCUGGGUUCAUGGGCAUGGCGGUUGCUAUCAUUCUCUUUGGCUGGAUUAUCGGGGUGCUAGGGUGCUGCUGGGACCGGGGGCUCAUGCAGUAUGUGGCAGGCCUGCUCUUCCUCAUGGGAGGCACUUUCUGCAUCAUAUCUCUCUGUACCUGUGUGGCUGGAAUCAACUUUGAGCUCUCCCGGUACCCCCGCUAUCUUUAUGGGUUGCCUGAUGACAUCAGCCAUGGUUACGGCUGGUCCAUGUUCUGUGCCUGGGGUGGCCUGGGGCUGACCCUCAUCGCCGGCUUCUUCUGCACCCUGGCCCCGUCUGUCCAGCCCCUGCCCCGCUCUGCCUGCCCUAAAUCCAGGCCAGAGAAUGGCACUGUCUGCUAAAGACUUCAAUCUAACAAAACCACCAACACCACAACCUCCCUCUCCAAGUAGAGAGGCAUCUGUUCUGGUUACAGGGAGGCCCUUUGAUUGCUUAUUUUAAGGGCCUUACUAAAGAACAAAAUGGAAGUCUCACCGCUAACCUUUCCCAGCUAUAUAUUAUAAAUAUAAAUAUAUAGUUGUUUUUUUUUAAAAAACAUGUUCCGUGAGCAACUUGUUUUUUUUCUUUGGGCAGUCUUUAAAAAGUAUUUUGAGAUAUUGAGGUAUGAAGGAGAGGAACCCAUUCUAACCUCAAAACCAAGUCAGAUUAAUCAGUAUGGUUAAACAAAACAACAUAGGAACAUGGCAACUAAUGGACCCAUUAUAUCUUGCAAUGUGUGCGUUUUCAGCUGUCUCUAAUGGAUGGUACACACUGAAGAUUAACGUAAAAUUAUGAGAAUUGUCUUCUGUACACAAUCAAUUCAGAGAGAAUAUGACAUUGUUGAUGCUGUACUUAUUCAGCCUGGAGUCUUGCGGUAGAUAAAGAUAUACAGCAGUACAAUGUACAGUAUGAUGGGAUGUUUUGAAAAACAGACUCCUGAGAACAGCCAAAGCUUUUAUUUUUAUGUAUGUAUUCAUUUAUUGAUUUUUUGUUUGUUUGUUUUGGAUGACAUACAAAAUGGCAUCUAUGGCUGAAAGACAGCUACCGUUAGAACAGACUGUUUUUUGGGCCUGAUACAAACGGACUUCUUUAAACACGCAACGAGAGAGAAAGUUGGGAUGUUCCAUCCUUUCAUUCAUUUGGUAAUUCCAGUCUCACAACAUUGCAAAACUAAGUAACAAUUUGUUAGAUACUGUACUGAGGGAUUCUGGGAAAAGGGUUUGAUUUGAACUGAACUGGUGCUUUCUCUGAGUGAAAAUGUAUAAUGGUGGACCUUUGGGCUUGUAUAAUAUUGUAAAGAAUAUUAUUGAGAAGAAAAAAAACAAGAAACAAAAAAAUCAAGAUUUCCAUGUACAAAAGUUUCCAUUUUCCAAUCUACUAAUCCCAUUUUUCCUUUUUAGAAAAAAUUACAGAUUUUCUUUUUCUUAAUCUGUUCUCUGUGUGUGUGUGUGUGUGUGUGUGUGUGUGUGCUGUUUUUCAUUACCACCAUUUUCAUACAUUGGUUGUUGGUGUUUUACAAUCUCUGUACAAAAAAAACAAACAAACAAAAAAACACUCAAUUGUAUAAAUUAACAGAGAAACAAAAAGAUGAAUUUUUCCAAUGAUGGAAUUUAAUGGACCAGAAAGCUGCAGUAUCCUUUAGUUUAUAUUUUCUUUUUUCUUAAAUUCAGUAUGAAAACAAUAAAAAAAAAAUUGCCACCAACGGAAAAAGCAAAACUGUUACAGGGUCUGUUACAAUACAUAACAGUUAAACACUUUGCUGUGUCCAAAUUGUAAAAGACUGGAAGAAAUAAAAGUACUGUAAAUGUAUAAAGCAAUGCAGAGUUAAAGAAAAACAAACUGUCAAAAAGUUAUCGUUGCUAAGGCUACAAAAUAAGGUUCCCACCUUUAAUUAGCUUUCAGGACUGUUAUCACUGCUGACCUUAUCAUUAAACAGUGGAACUUUAAUAUCUAAUACAUUUUUUUCACUUAGGAAAAGCAUCUACUUACAAUGCUUUGUAGCAGACCCCCUCCUACAUAUUUUUUCUGUGCUUUCUGUGCUGAAAAUGGAGGACCUGAUUCUAAAGGCAAAGGCACCAUUGUUAUUGGCUGUCUGUCUUGACAUCAUCUCCCCUCCUCCCACCUCUGCUGAUUGCUUGUUUACCUUGAGCCAAUCAUAUUGUUAAAAACUGGUUAAUUUGUUUAAUUGAUUAAUUGGAUGAAUCAUCAUCACCUCAAUAAUUGAGUGCUUACUCAGGUGCUGGGAUGAAAUCACUUCUCAAUCAUACAUCCUACUCUUAUCCGUUCUUUUUCAAAGCCAUUUACUGGUUAUAAGAGUACAGCUAUUACGCCAAGCAAAUACUUAAAGAUUGAACACAGCUGCCAUUAUUAGCAACACUGGAUUCAUAAAACAUGCAGGUAGUAUUUCACAGUCUGUUCUGAGGGGAAACUGGAAAAUUAAGUUAACAGGUAUAUGCUCUACCCAGAGACCUGAAGCCAAGUCCCUUAGAAAAGGAAAUACACUGCCAUAUACAAAAAUUCAUUGCAAUUUAGCAAUGGCGGGAGGGACUCAACAUAAACCAAGUCAAUGUGACAAAACACUCCCACAAUGAACAUUCAUAUAUUUGUGAAUGUAAAAAUCAAUAUUAUGCUACUGCUAAGCCCUAAAUUUACUUGGACAAUCAAUAUUGGAUUUUUACAAGGGGUAAAAUGUUAUUCUUUCUUUGUUUUUGUUUGUUAGCUUGAAGCACUUUUUUUCAGCAGUAUUUAUUAAUUAAACAGCUAUUCCCUACUGCAAACCAAUAUGAUUUAUCCUACUUUCAUUUUUGUUUGAUUUCUGUACUUCUCUUUUCAUUUUUUCCCAACCCACAGCUCCAAUACCCUGGAAAGCCAGUCUCCCAGUGCGGUCCUUGUUAUCCAUGUCCUUCAGUCUUCAGCCCAAACCACCUGGCUACACCAUGCGUAACUCAGUGCCCACUCCCCCCUUCCCAUUCUUUGAUUAAUUAUAAGACCAAACCUUAAUCACUUGGCCACUGUUUCAUAGUCUCACAGUUCAACCGCAAGGCCACACUGCCUCCCAGUCCAUAGCUCCAACCAUGAGGCACACUUCAUCCCAGUCUCUCAGCUUUAAGUACAAGACCACACUUUUUAUGCCUCAGUUUGGGUCCCCAUACAAGUUUGGGAGAGUUAAGGUUGUUUAAGUACCAUACUAUAAGUACCAGAAUGCAUUGCAUAGCCAUAUGGUCACUCUACUCUCAGUCCUAACCACUCAAAGACCCCUCAACUUUCAACUGUGAGCCUCCAGGGAUACUGCAGCUUUUGUUUAGCAAACAUUAAUAAAUAACAAUUCUGUCAGCCUAUUACACCAGUAGUGUGUCUGUUAAGUAAAAAAAAAUUAACAAUCCUGAAUAUGUCCAACUGUGGAAUGUAAAACUGUACAAAUAAACUCUCAUUGGUGUGUUUUACUCGUGUGUAUAGUUUUAAUCAAUAUAUAAGCUUGUAAGAUGUUUCCUUUGUUUUUUUCAGCCUCAGGUUAAUAUCUAUAUAUGAGAGUAAGGGCAGACACAUUUCCACAGUAUACAACUAGCAAGAAACACCUUAGUUUCAGCUAAGAGCAAGAAUAGUAAUUUCUUGGUAGUUUUAUACUGUUAUUCCUUUUAGAAAACAGUAUAUAUUCUAAUAUCAUGUCUCAUAAAGCUAAGCAACAUACUGAAAAUUGAAUUAUUUAAAGAUUA